AAUGAGAUCGCAAAUGGCGUCAGUCUCCGACAAACAAAAAAGAAGAUGAAAACACCUUUAAGAAAAGAAAUUGAAGAGGGUGUUCAAUUAAACGGGACAAAGAAGAGCAUGGCCACACCAUUAAAGAAAGAUAUUGAAAAUGGGACCACCCUUCGACAAAUCAAAAAGAAAAUGGCAACACCGUUGAAAAAAGAGAUAAAAGAGGGAAUCAAAUUGCAACAGACAAAGAAGAAGAUCGCGACACCCUUAAAGAAGGAAAUUGAAAAUGGGACAAGCCUUCGAGAAACCAAAAAGAAGAUGGCGACACCCCUAAAGAAAGAAAUCGAAAAUGGGACAAGCCUUCGAGAAACCAAAAAGAAGAUGGCCACACCCCUAAAGAAAGAAAUCGAAAAUGGGACAAGCCUUCGAGAAACCAAAAAGAAGAUGGCCACACCCUUAAAGAAGGAAAUUGAAAAUGGGACCAGCCUUCGACAAACUAAAAAGAAGAUGGCAACUCCUCUCAGGACAGAUAUCUUGGAAGGCGUGAAAUUGAGAGAGACAAAAAAGAAGCUACAAACACCGGUCAGAAAAGCAAUAGAAGAUGGCGUCACCUUGAAGAAAACCAAGAAUAAGCUUUCAACACCGUUGCAAAAAGCCAUUCAAGCCAAACCAGAACUCCGACAGACCAAGAAAACUAUGAACGCGCUGCUUCAGGACGAUAUCAAACAAGGUGUUGAACUCAGGAAAACAAAGGAGAGUAUGCCACUUGAAGUUCAGAUUGAGAUCAUCAAAGGAAGGAAACUGAAGCCAACCAAGAAGAGCUUGCCUACUCCUCUUAAGAAAGAUAUUGGUAAAGGAAUAACUUUAAGAAAAACGAAGAAAAGCUUAACGACGCCACUGAAGGAGCAGAUCAAAAAGGGUUUGCCUUUGCAAAAGACUAAGAAGAGCCUGCCCACUCCAGUGAGAAAACAGCUUGAAGGAAAAAUCACACUGAAGUCCACAGUAAAGUCUGCGAAGAGAAAGAGAAGUGAAGGUGGAGUAAACGACCACGAUGCAAAGAGAAUGAAAACCUCACCUUCAGAAGAAGUGACUGAAGAAAGUGAAGAGGUCCAAGAAGCCCCGGGCAGAAGAGCCCUCAAGACUCCGCUCAGGAAAGCCAUAAUUGCAGGGAGAAAACUGCGACCCACCCGUAACCGUAUGGCCACUCCACUUCGUAAUGGGAUCCACUCCAAACCGGCACUCAGAGCUGUUCGUCGAAAAUCGUCAUCUGUUCGAGACGAGAUCAGACCGCGAAAACCCACAUACGCAGAAAUCGUUAAAAGAGCUAAAAUGACUGCUGUGAGGAGGUCGUCCAAGGGAACGUCAUUCAAGUUUGGAAAAACAGCACCAAUGUGUAACAAGGCUGAAGCUGUUCCACCCGCUAAUAUUGCUGAUGCUGUUGCAGCAGAUCACGAGGUCCCCAGCAAACCUGUCAACGAACCUCGGUCAAUCCAGAAGCGGAGAAGUACCCGGCUUCACAGCAAGGACGCUCCUCAAGUGAUGAUCGACAGUGUGCAAAGUUCCCCAGUGACCAACGAGAACGCUGCAAACAGUACAUGGAUGUCGAGCCUCGCACGAGCCACAAAUGGCGUAAAAGCACGUGCCAUACCCGUAGAAGACUUGGAGGGCCUGGCAGAAAUGUUCGCUACCCCACCGAUGGUUGUCUUAAGCAACAAGGAUGUAUCCAAACAAGAAAAAGGAAACCGCUGGUUGUCGAGUCUUGCCAAAGCAACGAAAGCCCCACGCAAACGUGGAAUGCCUGUCGAAGAUUUCGAAGGAGUGCCUGAAAUGUUUGCAACACCACCAUCCAUCUCCGUGGCCGCACCAAACACCGCCACAGAGGACGAGCUCACUUUAAGUCCUGAUGAGCGAGACUUAAACUUGACAGAAUCCUUGAAACCAUCAAAGACGCCAUCUUUGAGAUCUUUUGGAGAAGAUACGGAGUUUGUUCAGAUAGUAACCCCUAUAAACAGCUCUCGCACCCCGUCGUUAAGAUCCAGUAAUUCACAAACUGUCAAGAGUGCUGUAACUCCAGAGGUAUUGCUGGAAAUGAAGGAAGCGAUAAUGACACGGAAGACACCAUCAUUGCGAAGUUCAGCCAACGAUGCUGUUACAGUGCAAGUUGUGACUCCGCUGCAACCCUCUCGUACGCCAUCUCUUCGUUCUGCCAAGCGGCAAACGUCUAUUUUCUCCAGCGAGUCUCCAGACAUUAAAAUGGACGUUGUACAGCCAAAAGUUCCAACCAAAACCCCAUCUAUGCGUUCAUCAGCUCAAGUGAAGACAGUUUCAGCCAAAAAAGUUAAGAAACCCAGUGCCACUGACCGAAAGAGUUUAGGUUUGCAAGGCCUCGCUCGACUGAUGAAGGUGCCAAAAGAUAACAAUGCCGUAGAGAAUGUCGAAGAUUUCUUUGCUCCCGGCGUUUUUGCUUCUCCUAAGCUGCAACCCAAACGUUACUCGCGUAAAAGCGAGGGGUUACAAGGAGUUGCCAGGCUGUUGAGAACACCAGGUGAUAUUGGCGAAGAAGCCAUUGUAGAGAGCCCAAAGUUUGUCGGUAUCAAGCAGAUGAUGAGAACCGAGAAAGCCGUGGUCAGUCCGAACUUUGUUGGGCUUAGGACGCUGAUGCAGACACCUAAAAGUUCUGAAAGAGCUGUGGAACCCGAGGAACACUUCGUAUCAGAUUUAUUUUUGCCUCCUGUUGAGGAUUCCUCCCGAGACACGACUCCAACCGUUGGUCAAGGUGGGUGUGAUAAGGAGCACGAUGUCCGGACUAUCAACUUCAUUUCUUCAGAAUUCCAGGAAAAGACAGCUGAAGCAUCAGAGGACGUUAGCUCCGAAACUGUACCAAAAGUGACUCGAGCCAAGCGUAAGGCAACCGAGAAACUGCCUGAACCAGUGCCUAAAAGAGGGCGCUCUACUCGUGCAGCUGCAAAACAAGGCAGCGAAGGCAAAACAGAAACUCGAUCCAAUCCGAAAGUUGUGCAAAGAAAGAUCACCACAAGAAGUAAAAAGAGUUCAGCAGCAAGCCUACCGAACACGCCGAAACCAAUGGCAUUUAAGCGCACGCAAUUAGAUCCAAUUAUUGAAGUUCUCUCUCCUUUGCCUUCGAUUCAUCAGACGGUCGUGGUCGCUGCCUCCCUUACGUUGCUUGGGCCAGGAGCAGUAGAGAAAGCCCCUACCCGGGGAAGAGCGGAGGAAACAACAGAGUUCAAAGCGCAGCAAAAGGAGCCUUCACGAUCUUCUCGUCGUGGGAUCCGUGCUAAAGCCAGAACAGAUUCCUCCUCAGAAGAGUGCGGUGGAGAUGAAGUCGCAGAAAAGCGUGAAGGUACUAAGAGAAGGCUAAAAGCAAAAGUGGAAGAAAACUGCGGCAGCAGUAGUGAUGUACAGAAAGCUGAGGAAGAGACCCGUAAGAGUGGUAGUAAAGCGAGAGCAACGCGUGGUUCUCAACAUGUUGCGGGGCCAAGGACGACAAGAUGCGGCCGCAACCGAAGAGCUGAAGUUGCAGGGGUUGAAGAUAAAGCUGUGAAUAGUGAAGCUGCCGACGAAACUAUUGACAAUUCCACAACCACGCGCUCUCGACGAAAAGCCAGGACUACCGAAGAAUCUGCCUCAGUUGCGUCUGAGGAGAAGGGUACUGGAAGUGAAAAAGUCCAAGAAAAAGACGCAGAAGCAACAAACGUAAGGAGUACUCGGUCAAGAAAGGCAGUCGGCAAAAAUAAACCUGUUGAUGAAGACAAGCUGCCCCAAAACAGUCGAGCAAAGCGAAGUAACAAAGAGAGCGUCGUUAAAACAGAUGAAGACACAAAAUCGGAAGAGGCUUCCUUGAAACAGAGAUCCACGAGACGUACGCGAGGAAAUCCCGUUGAGAAAAUCGUUUCCAACGGCAGCGUUGCCUCACUUCAGGAGGUUGAAAUUUUUCAAUCAGAGAGUUCCAUGAAUAAAGCUGGGGGUAAGCGGGAGCCUAAAGGAAAAGCACCAGAAGAGCCUAGAACAACACGGUCAACAAGAAGUGCAAACCCGGCCAAAAUUAAAGCAGCAGUUGAACCGCAGCAACCCGUACGUUCAACUCGAGGGAAGAAGAGGCAAUUUCGGGAAGAGGAGGUUGCUGUACCGGCCGCUCCAGAGGCCAAAAGGACCCGCUCAAGUACACGACUGCAAGAUGUUAAGCCACCACAAACCAGGUCGCUGCGCUCUCGAAAGUAGUGGUUGACAAUAGUAUUCCAUGAUACUGUUUAUGUUCCUGGCACCACUUUGCUGAAAAAGACUGAUUAAAUCAGUCCUAAAGUUUUUUUUUUUUUUGCACGCAUGAUUAUAUUCACAUCCAUCCGCAAACAAGUUGCAUGGACAAAGCCGAGAAAAACUUUGAUCGUACAUUAAUCCGUUGUAAAUACUGGAUUGCAAACAUUCUUUCUUAAAAAUUUCAAAGAAAAAGCUAGUUCCAAAUUUAAGUUCUAUCAAUUUCUUUUUUUUUAUACGUUUUACGGUAUUUGACUUUUCAAUUAACAGGGUUUUAACGAGAGGUUCUUGUAAAGAAAUUGCGCUCUUAUCUGCUGCAGUUCUGCUAACGAGAAUUGAAAUAGGAUCUACAGAUCUGUUUUAACGAGCCGUUGCCCUAAUGAUGGAUGCAAUUUUAUCAGAACCAUCAAGUCGCGUUACUUUACGGAAAUCAAAUUUGUUUAAUUUGUCGGUUUGUCAUUUAUCAGGUAUGUAACUAUACGCUUUUAUUUCACAUGUAUAACAUAUUUUAUGAUUUUUGGCUAAAUCUGUUUCAACGCGGAGAUGAAAAAUGCGCUUUUGUAGUGCGAGUUGCCUGCAGAAAUCGGGCAACGACCCAGAACAUAUUCCACUUCAAAUGGAACAAAACGUGUAUGUCAUGCCAUAUAAAUAUCCUCAAGGUAUAUUAAACUUAGUUUGUUCAUAGGCA